AUGUCAGACAGCAGGGAAAUAAAAAAACCAUGGUGGUUCAAAAAGGCCAAGGAAUGGGCUGAUGAGUUCUAUACAAGGGAUCAGAAACUAGAAGACUCUGAUCGCCGUGAUCUAUCCAAAAAAUACGCUACUAUCAGUAAAGCUAGCGUAGUUGGCGCAGCAACAGGUCUAUCAGCUGGUCUGGGAGGUCCCUACGCAUACAGGUACUAUACCACUGGUGCGCUGAAAGGUGUUAAACUGCCUAGGACAAUCUUACUGGGUGUAGUCUCUAUGGUUAUUAUGAGAAAUGUUGCGGCAAAGAUAGCCUGGGACAAAGAGUUAAAGAAACUGGAUCCUAGCGGUGAAUUGAAGCAAAACUACAAAAGUGCUCAUAAGACAGUUGAUGACGUCUCCUUGUCAGACAACAGCACUUCUGUUCAAAAGAAAUAUGGUAUGAUGAAAUUCUUGAAAUACAGGACGGCACCAAGGUGGGCUAUGUAUUUUGAAGGUACUUAUCAACACCCCGACAGAAAGUUUCCAAACCCAGACCAGAUGGUGCAGGAUCUCAAAGGUAGCCGCAGAGCAUUUCCACCGUUUUUCUCAAAGGCUGAUAAAUUUUGGCACCAAAUAGACCGUAAGGAUAAUGAUCAUACAUAG